AUGGAUGGUAUCCAAACCCCUUCGGCACAAAAAGGAAUCAUCCCUCGAUGUUGUGAACACAUUUUGAGCAGUACACGCCAGCGCAGUCUGGAAAAACAUAAUAAUUAUCUACUUCGCGUGUCAUACCUGGAAAUAUACAAUGAAGAAAUCCGAGAUCUGCUAGUCAAGGAGUAUAACUACAAGCCUGAAAUUAAGGAACGCCCAGACAAAGGAAUUUACGUCAAGGGUUUAUCAAGCAUAACUGUUGAUAGCUACGAGGAUAUAAGGGAGAUCUUAAAAUCAGGGCGUAAGAAUCGGUCAGUGGGUUCAACUUUGAUGAAUGCUGAUUCAUCUCGGUCUCAUUCGAUCUUUACCAUCGAUCUCGGGGCCUGCCUUUGUUCUGGUCCAGGCAAAAAGGAGGUCUAUCGCACAGGCAAGCUCAACCUGGUAGAUCUGGCGGGAAGUGAGCGUCAGAGUAAAACUGGUUGUACUGGCGAACGGUUUAAAGAAUCGACGAAAAUAAAUUUGUCAUUAUCGGUUCUCGGGAAUGUCAUAUCGUCCUUGGUCGACUGCAGAUGUACACAUGUUCCUUAUCGUGACUCAAAACUAACGAGGCUUCUGCAAGACUCGUUAGGUGGAAACUCAAAGACUUUGAUGAUUGCCUGCAUAAGUCCUGGGGAGAAUAAUUAUGAAGAGACCUUGAGCACUCUGAGAUAUGCUGCGCGUGCAAAUAGUAUUAAGAGCAAGCCAAAGAUAAAUGAGGACCCAAAAGAUGCGAUUUUGAAGAAGUAUCAUGAGGAGAUACUACAGCUGAAAAGGAUCAUUGCGAAGGAAAUUCCUGUUCCCAGCCAGCUGGUUGCUGAGUUGAAAGGUAAGCCUAUCAAGAUCAGCUGUUUGAUGAUAGAUAGCUGGAGAAUCUUUUCCAGCAGUUUUUGCCAUAAGAUGAACUGUCUCAUGGCAAUUAUCAAAAAUAACUUCUUGAAGGGAGCCAAAACAAUAUACUUGUUAAACGUUUUUCUCUCGUUGUUCUGGUCACUCUAUAUGAACAGGAAAAAGUUUUCAGCUCAAGGGGAAAGCAUGAAAAACUGCCACAAAAAUGAAUUGAUUUAAUUUCGUUAUUUUAUCUUAUUUUAAUUUAUUCCUAUUUCCUUUUUUUUCUUUUCAAUUCGUACGUGGUUCUAAAAUAUAGAAAUAUUAAAAGAUGGCAAAACUUGAGCUCAGUAGUGAACAAGUGAAUGAUUUUGCCCAUCAUAUAAAGCACUGGGUUCUGUGGACAGCCCGCACACCUGGUACGUGUUUGGCCGGAAUGUCAUGGGCCCAUUUCUGUCAAGAGUUUUUUGCUUGUCGCAACACUCGUAAAAUAAGGAUUAUUUCACUUUUCUUACCACAACAGUUUCGUAACAAGGUCUUUGUGACUAAGGAGCAAAAGGUCCCAUGCAUCUUUGCAGAUCUAAGAACGAAUUCGUUCUGAGCUCUGCACGGAGACAUGAUCAACAACAUUUGUUCUGUACUUAGAAUUUUUAUAGAGCUCUCAACUAGAUCGUCUGGAAUGCAGGUAUCGAGGUGUUUGAAAUUUUUAUAGUAUUAACUCAUUAGUUUAUAUUAUUUUACAGAAAUCAGAGAAGAAUCAAACAGCGCAUCGCUAAACUACGGUCGUUCUUUGACGAAGACGUGCGAGAAGGAAGAAACAAUUCAAACUUAUGUUUCAAGACAGAUAAGUGUGAAGGGAAUUGAGACGCGUCACAUCGACUCUCAAAAACUUCACGUAAAAGCCUGCAAAGAGAAAGCUUCUCUGAAGAGAGAACUUGACGAUAUCCGAGCGCAUCUUAAAAUGCAGCAGAGAAAACUUGAGUUUGAAGAAAGGAAAAAUAAGCUUGAGGAGCAUAAAACCGCUUUAAUGUUGCUAAGAGGACGGAGGACAGUGGAUGGAGGUUGCAUGUUAGGCACGCGUAAAGAGGCUGACAACGAUCAUCAACGCUCAUCAGAAUUACGACAAGCUACGUAUUCUGGAGAUUUAUCAACACAAGGGACAUCAACAGAAAUGAAACGUUUACCUGGUUAUUCACCCUUGUGGGUAGAAAAACCAUGCUUAGAAUUUGAGAGAGCAGAAAAGGAAGCGAAGUCAGUUUCGUCCUCAGCACAGGAAGGGCCCAUCAUGGUUUCGGUGGCAACGUCGACUGAUGAUUUAGAUGUACUGGUAAUGAAGACAGAUGUUGAUUUCAAACAUCAUAAAAAUGAACACGAACGGGAAAUGGAGGCAAACCACUGGAAUAUUCGAGAAAAUAUGUUAUGUCGAGAAGAAGCCGAGGGCCGUUCCAGAAGUGUGUCACCUGACAGUGAGGAAAAGAAGAGCUUCGCAAAUGGCCAGAUUGUUUAUUUAAGUUCACUAGAUGAGGAGGUAAGACAAGGGCAAAGCGUUUAACAAACAAUUUAGGCAUAUAUAUUUCAUAACGCAAGUCAGGGAUUGUUUUUACCCUUAUACUUCAUUAAUAUUGAAAUUUAUCUCAGAAGAAGAGUGACAUCUUUGUCAUUCUAUUGCUUAGUAUGCAUUGAUGGAAGUACUACUUGACUGGUAUAGUAAUUAGGAACGCAAACACUGACUGGGUAUGAUGAGUACACAUAUAAUCAUUUAAUUUUUGUCAGGUCAUGUGAUAAUACUCUAGAGAAUUGUUUCUUUCAAUUCACUUUCUAAUUCACGUGCAUAUAUAAGCAUGAUUUCUGAAAAGACAGAGGGUCAAGUUUCCCUAGGACUCUAUUGGGAAAUCAAAACAUACAAGCUAAAGAGGUGUAUUACGCUCUGACAUAACGACUGUCAGGGAGUAGGCUGUAAUAUACGUUUUAAGGUAAAAUUUAGAGGCACCAUUUGGUAACGGUAGCCCACGAAUUCAAGCAUUGCGAUAACCUUUUUGUGGGGAAACUAUACACUAUUUGAAGGCAAAUUAUCCAAAAAUAAAAUAAUGGAUAACGAAAUAUCAGAGUCAUAUGCCUUUGCUUUUAUAGUUGAGUGUCAUGAGUGGGCUCUGGGUGGAUCGAGGGUGAUUUCUUAAAGUGUUAACUGCUCACCAUAACACACCAAGAGAGGAUAAUGCUCUCUUAAAAACAUAAACUGAUUGCAAAGUCCAAAAAGACAUCUCGGAGAUCAGGCAACCUGUGGUUCGAGCUUUUACAGUCUCGAAAAGUGACUCACAAACUCAACUAAGUUGUACUACCUGCACUUUACUGAAAGAUGCUAUACAAUCACCCAUUGUCAAAAAAAUCAAGAAUAAUAAGGUGCCACAAGUCAACGGUCAAGUCUCUAAACAACUAGCACCUUGGGGGUAGAGGUGUGUGGCAUUUUAGGGAGGUGGCCGUUGUGAAGAGGAUAUAAAAAAUGCAACUGAAAUGUUGGACUGUCCGUCGGAUCGAUUUAAUAGUCUUAAUAUAGGGAGCUUAAGCAACGACGGCGGCGACGGCAACGAUAACGGCAAAAAAGAGCUAGCAAUAGGUUUGGAUUAGCUUAACAACAACUUUGCACGUGCUGCACACUUUUUUGUACAUUUCUUUCCAGUCACUGGACGAAUACGACGUAAAACUGCCUAAUUUCAUGUUCUGUGGUGGACUUGAAAACAAGACAACAACUUUCUUUUGUUUUCCUGAAAUUCGAUAAAGUCCCUUAGAGCUCAGUCAGCUCCAGAAAAAAUUGCCAACAUUUGACAAAUUCAACGAGAUGGAAUAAGCUCGAUAAAGUUUAAAGCAGCGCGAUUCACCUCUCAAGUGACGUUUUCGUAGUCCUCACCGUCGUUGUUUCUUAAACUCCCAAAUAUAGGUUGGACCGUAAUUUUGACCAAAACGUCUUACACCACAUGUUAUUUAUCAAUCUUUUUGCUGUCUUUCAGGGUCCAGUGAAUUUUGGUCUUUGCUGUCUCUGUCCUGAAAAGUCCUUUUUCGGCGAGAGAAUAGAAGAGUUCUUAGGGCAUAAGCAGAAACAUUCUUAA